AUGGACGACAGCCAAGAAAGCGCGAUGCAAGCUAAAAGACUGCAGCCUCGAGCUUCUGCUGCUCAACAAGAGCACUUGUAUUCAUUCAUGCGCGACCACCCGCAAAUUACACGCGCCGCCAGUGAUUUUACAGGAGGGGUAACGCGCGAAAGCAAAGAAAAGCUGUGGAGACAGCUCACGGCUGAACUGAACGCCCUCGGACCAGCCACAAAGUCGCCCGCCCGGUGGCGACAUUACUGGACGGACAAGGUGUCCUGGGCCAAAAAAAAGGCAGUAGAUUUCCGCCAGAGCAGUGGCGGUACAGGCGGCGGCUCGGUGCCCGGCGAGGCCGGCGUCGUUCUGGACGUCGUUGGCCACGACGCAUCUAACGAUUGCGGCUCCGUGAAGCUGCCUGGUCGGCCAGAGGGUGCACCACCACCACAUUCACCCGAGUCGCCACCAAGAGUUUCGGUUGGGGAGAUUGCAGGGACAAGCGGUGCAUCCAGACACCAAGCUGCACCACCAGCUUCCAGGCUUUUGUCACCUGGAAAUGAGGGCACGACCGACACAUCCGUUCCCAGCCAGUCAACCACCCUUGCACAGUGUCCUGUACGGGCACCACGGCGUCGAAAACGCAAGGGGGGCCAUGAUGCUGCCGAGGAAUAUGUUCAAGACCAACGACGCCUGGUGGACCUCGCAGAGGCGAGGGCUGCUGCUUCGGAACGGCACGUGGAAUCGCUGCUAACCGAAAUGAGGCGACAAUGCAGCGCAACGGAACGGCAGGCAGCUGCCAUGGAACGGCAGGCUGCAGCGAUGGAGCGGCAGGCUGCGGCGAUGGAGCAGCAAGCCGCAGCCAUGGAACAGCAGGCUGCGGCCAUGCAGGUGCCCAGAGCACUCCUGCUGCUUGUGGCCAUGUUGGCCACCACAUUCCAGCGUGUCGUGCUUGUGCCGAGCAGGCCCCCAACACCACCGCAGUUGGACUAA